CUGUUUCUCAUUCCCAUUACUUAAUUUCAAAUAAUCAUCAACAUUAUCAUCAAUGGCGCCAAAGGGAGAGAAGAAACCUGCAGAAAAGAAGCCGGUGGCGGAGAAAGCACCAGUAGCGGCGUCGGCGGCGGAGAAGAAGCCGAAGGCAGAAAAGAAGAUCUCGAAGGAAACAGGAAGCGGGGUCGAUAAAAAGAAGAAGAAGUCUAAGAAGAACAUUGAGACUUACAAGAUCUAUAUAUUCAAAGUUCUGAAGCAAGUUCAUCCUGAUGUGGGUAUCUCCAGUAAGGCAAUGGGGAUUAUGAACAGUUUCAUUAAUGAUAUUUUUGAGAAGUUAGCUCAAGAAUCUUCAAAACUUGCUCGAUACAAUAAGAAGCCUACUAUUACUUCCCGUGAGAUUCAGACUGCUGUUAGACUUGUCUUGCCUGGUGAACUUGCGAAACAUGCUGUCUCUGAAGGAACUAAGGCUGUUACUAAAUUUACUAGUUCUUGAUUGUUUUAAUUUCUAGGGUUUUGUUUUGAUGUGAUAAAGAUUGUAAUUUUUACUUGUUAUGGUAAUUAUUUUGUCUUUUGUUUUACUGGAUGAUUUAUUAGGUUAAAGGAAUUGAUGUAUUGAUGAUGAAAUUGGGUUUGAAUUGCAGAAACUUUGGUUUGAUACA